AUGGCACCCAGACCCAGGACCUCUGACCAGCCGAAGACCCCAGCGAUGGUCAGUAUUACUGAUCAACAGGGCCGUCGAGCCGAGCUCCCGGUGACUGGCGACAUGGCUACAAAGAUCAACCAGGUUGUGGAGGAACUGUUCCAGAUUUGUGAUACCCCCAAGAGAGCCAGGCUGUCCUGGAUGAAAGACUACUUCCUAACUAUGCAAGCUGACAAUACCACACUCAGGGCCCUGACCCAGGAAGUAGUGAAAAAGAGGUUCGAGAGCCGGAAAAAGUCCUCGAGGAAGCACUUUGGUGAGGCCCGGGUACUGACUGUGGAAGACAUCCGGGCUCGCAUCAGUGAAAGGGAGGCUAAGGAAGCCGUGGAAACCAGGGAAAAGGAACGUCGUAUAGCAUUAAGAGGGGUAGUGGGCUUUGCGAAGAGUGUUUGGAAGGACUACAAAAUGGGCCCAGAUGUGUUCAAGUAG